AUUCAAUAUAAGGAGUCGGCAUUAACAGUUUCUUCCGAAAAUGGCAGCUUCCAUGCCUUGUGUAAACAACUUCUUCUCAUGUAAAACCCUCCCACAUUCCUCUGAAAACCUCGUUAAAAAUGCAUCAUCUCCUACUAAACGAACCAGUUUUUCCGCCCUCCCGAUCAGAAAAACGAUGAAGACGAAGCGGAAUUUCAGGGUGAGGGCGGCGAUCGCAAAUGAUGAGCCACCGGUUCGAGGAGUGUCAAUUCUGGAGGAGGAGACGGAAAUUGAGGUACUGAAGAAACAAGUUUUGGAGUCGUUCUGUGGAGCUAACAUGGGUUUGAGCGCCAGUAGCGAAACCAGGGCGGAAAUCGUCGAGUUAAUCACUCACCUUGAGGCCAAAAACCCUAACCCGGCUCCCACUCAGGCUCUCACCCUGCUCAACGGCAAAUGGAUUCUCGCCUACACAUCGUUUCUGGAGUUCUAUCCUCUGUUAUCAAGGGAAGGAGCUUUCCCGCUGGUGAAGGUUGAGGAGAUAUCGCAGACUUUCGACUCCGACAACUUCACUGUCCAGAACUCCAUCGUCUUCUCCGGCCCCCUCGCAACAACUUCACUUACCACUAAUGCCAAGUUUGAAGUUCGAAGUCCCAAGCGUGUGCAGAUUAAGUUGGAGCAAGGCGUUAUUGGGACACCCCAGUUGACGGACUCCGUGGUGUUGCCGGAGAACAUAGAGUUUUUGGGACAGAAUAUCGAUCUGGCGCCGUUCAAAGGCUUGCUCACUUCUCUACGGGACACUGCAUCCUCUGUCGCAAGGUCCAUUUCCAGCCAACCGCCCUUCAAAUUCUCCAUCUCCAGUAGCAGCGCCGACUCGUGGCUGCUCACCACCUACCUAGACCACGAGCUUCGCGUUUCGAGAGGAGAUGGUGGCAGCAUAUUUGUGCUCAUCAAGGAGGCCAGCCCCCUUCUCACUAAAUCCUAGACGAAUGCUUCAUUUUCAGUCAUGCUCGUUCAUCAAUUCUGUCAAAUUCCAAUGCUAUAAGCUUCACCCCACAAAACAACAACAUCAACUUUCCUUUGUGGAUUUAUAUAUGUAUAAUCGACUUAUUUCAUGCUUUCACUUCA